AUGAGCAGCUCGUACGAGGCCAAUCAUGUCUCGAAACUGGUCCCUCGCUCCGAGACCGCCUUGACGGUGCUGAUCGUCGGUACAUGCUUCAUCGACUCAGUGAUGACCGGCUUCGAUAGCUCUCUCAUGGGCGGCUUGAACGUCAUGGACAGCUAUCAAUCUUACUUCACACUGAACACCUCAACAUAUGCAUUGAAUACUGCCAUCUCCUACGUUGGUGGCUGUAUCGGAUCAUUGUUCGCCGGUCAGCUCACUGAUCUCAGAGGCCGACGGGAAGCUCUGUUCAUUGCGGGUACAAUCUGCACUGUCGGAGCAGUCAUCCAAGCUGCGGCAGUCCACAUUGCUAUGUUCAUCACCGGUCGCUUCAUCAUCGGACUUGGCAUGGCAAUCGCGGCAGUCGCCUGUCCAACUUACGUUGCUGAGUGCGCCAAACCGUCGCACCGUGCAUUUGCCAUGGGCUUGUACUACUCAUGUUGGGGCGUUGGUACACUCCUUGCCAACGCAGUAUGUGUCGGAGUAAGUCUCCCAUUCGCCUCUCAAGGCUAUAGCUUAUCGUGCGCAGUCCGAAGGUUGGGCCUCAUCAUGGGCUUGGCGACUACCCAGCCUGUUACAGAUCGUGUUCAGCAUCGCGGCCAUGAUCGUCGUCCCUUUCCUUCCCGAGUCGCUAGAUGGUUGAUCAGCCGCGAUCGUCAUGAAGAGGCUCUUCAGGUCAUCGCUAUGGUCAACAGCAAAGGCAAUCGCGAAGAUCCGAUCACUGUUGUCCAGUACAGAGAAAUCUCCGACACCCUUGCUUGGGAGAAGUCCGAAGGCAAACAGAUGACCUUUUGGCAGGCCUGGAAACAUGCCGUCAAUCGGAAACGAAUCUCGAUUGCAGCAAGCUACUCAGUCAUUGUGAUGCUCUGCGGAAACAAUACCAUCACCUAUUACUUCGGAGUGAUGAUGUCCCAAGCCGGAGUUACCAAUGUUCGCACGCAAUUGAUCAUCAACAUCAUCCUUACCAUAUGGAGCUUGACGAUCAGCGUUGUGGCCUCCUGGUACAGCGACUGCUUCCCACGGAAAAUGAUGUGCGGUGUCGGACUCAGCGGCGUUGCCAUCUUCCUUUUCAUACUAGGCGCUCUCACUGCUGUUUACGGUAACUCCGACAACACGUCUGGCAUUUAUGCUACACUGGCGAUGAUUUUCCUGGUCAGAGGCUGCUACUCCUUUGGCGUGAAUCCUCUUACGGUGCUCUAUCCGACCGAAAUCUUGUCUUACCAGAUUCGAGCAACCGGUAUGGGCUUCUACACGCUUACGACCAAGAUCUGUGGUCUCAUCUCGACGAUGGGUGCUCCAUUUGCGCUAAGGAACAUUGGCUGGAAGACAUACAUGAUUUUCGGCUCCGCUGAUAUCAUAAUCGUUGGGAUGGUGUGGUAUUGGUGGGUUGAGACACGAGGUCUGACGCUGGAAGAGGUUGAUGCGAAGUUCUAUGGUGUCAAGCACUCUGAUGUCCCAGAUUUGAAGGACGUGAAGAGUGGAGCCAAAGAUGCUCCAUUCCUCGAUUCCGUGAGUGUCAAUGGAGAAGAUCGGAACGCGGGCAAUGAGCCAGCUGAGAAGAUUCAGGUGGCACCUGCCAAACAGAUGGCAUAG